AUGGGAAAAUUAAGUAAAGAUAGAAGAGAUAUUUACUACCGAAAAGCAAAAGAAAAUGGUUAUAGAGCUAGAAGCUCAUAUAAGCUAAUUCAGAUAAAUGAAAAAUUUGAAAUUUUUAAAUUAUUUGAUCCAAAUUUGUAUAAUAAAAAUAUAAAUGAGUUAAUUAAUAUAUACAAUGAAAAUUUUUGUUAUAACAUUGUUGAUUUAUGCGCAGCUCCAGGUAGCUGGUCACAAGUUCUUAAAAAUAUUUGUUUAUACAAUUACUAUCAAAUUUUGUAUUUUAUAAAUAAAAAGAAUUGCGACAGUAAUGAAGAGAAAUUAAGGUAUUUAGAAUACAAAGAUUUUAUAGAAAAAUUUUCAUUAUAUAUUAACUUUAAUGAUGUAUUAGAAAAUAAAAUUAAUAAUUUAAAAAAAAAUGAAUCAAUAAAAGAACCUAAAAUUAUAGCUGUUGAUUUGCAAGAAAUAGGUAAUAUGAAUUAUGUACACAUUAUUCAGGGAGAUAUUACAAAAAUGUCAACCAUAGAUAAAAUUUUAAAAUGUAUGAAUAAUAAAAAUGAAAUAAAUAAUGGAGAAAAUUUCAUAUAUGAAUGUGAUGGUAGUAAAGAUAAAAACAAUAAAAAUCCAAAUAAAAUGGUGACAUCAAAUAACUUGACUUAUGCAAAUACAGUUGUUAGUGAUGGUGCUCCAGAUAUAACAGGUAUGAAUGAUAUAGAUGAAUUUAUUCAAUCUCAGUUAAUUUUAUCUAGUCUAAAGGUUUGCUGUUCUAUUUUAAAAAUAGGAGGAAACUUUAUUAGUAAAAUUUUUAGAGGAGAACAUACGGGACUAUUAAUUUUGCAUUUAAAUAAAUUCUUUGAAAAGGUAUACAUAUGUAAACCUCAAAGCAGCAGAAAUAAAAGUUUAGAAGCUUUUCUUGUUUGCCUUAAUUUUUCUUUACCAUUAUCUAAUAUUAUUGCUUUAAGUAAUCAUAACGAAAUAAAAAGUUUCAAUAAUAAAAAUCUUACUCAUGAACAAAUUAGAAAAAUACAUACACAAUUUAUUAACAAUAGGGAUCAUAAUAAAAAAAUUAGUGAUUCAAAAAAUGAUAAAAAAGAAAAUAAUAAAGGUAACUCAAAGUUAUACGAUGAAAAAAAUAGCCAAAUAAAUAAAGAAAAAAACAAUGAAAAUGAAAACGAAAAUGAAAUUGUAGAUGAAAACAAAGAUGAAGAUGAAGAUGAAGAUGAAGAUGAAAAUGAAGAUGAAGAUGAAAAUGAAAAUGAAAAUGAAAAUGAAGAUGAAAUUGAAGAUGAAAUUGAAGAUGAAAUUGAAGAUGAAAAUGAAGAUGAAAAUGAAGAUGAUAAUGAAGAUGAUAAUGAAGAUUUAAUCGAAUAUGAGGUUGAAUAUAAUGACAAAGAUGAGAGUGAAAAUAAUAAUGAAGAGAAAAAUGAAAAUACUCAUUUAAUAUCAAGUAAGUAUAUAGAAAAAAAAAAUACAGAACUGAAAGAUGAAAAUAAAAAUAAAGAAGAUUAUAACAAAUAUAAUGUAAUAUUUGAUGAAGUUGUUAUAAACGAUAAAGAAUCACAUAUAAAUGACACAAAAAAAGACGAAAAAAAUGAAAAUAUUUCAAGCAUCACAGAGUCAAAAGUAGAUAAAAAUAUAAUUAACAACUUAAGGAAUAAAAAUAUUGAUAUUUUUAAUUUUUAUUGUUCUGAUAGCGAUGAAGAAAUAAAGUAUUUUAAUUCAGAAGACGAAGAAAUUGUUAAUGACUAUAUUUCAUCGGAAAAUUUUAGAAAUAGCAAACUAUUUUCAUUUGUUGCUACAAAAAAUUACUAUGAUUCUGAUAAAUCAUAUUUAUUGCCUCAAAAUUAUAUAAGACAUGAACCACAACUUAUGCCAUUAAAACCUCCAUAUUUAUUAUCAUUACAAAAAAAAAGACAAGAAACAAAAAAAUUAUAG